AACUAGGCGUUACGCCCUGUGUCGCGGGCGCAUCACCGGACAGUCCUGUGCAAUCGUAGACCGGGCGCUCGGCGCGGCGCGGCGAUCGCCCCCCAGAUCGACAGGUGACAGACGCGUCCGUCCAUCCGCCCGCCGAGCGGCAGCGCUGCUCUAAAACACCAAGGUCGGGCACGCGCCCCGCCACAGCCGCCGGCUAGAGAUGAAUCCCACUGGUAUAAAAGCGAACGGUUCGCCCUGGAAGAGCAUCACUUGGCCUGGAAGUGACCACCGGAUCGCAGCUAUUGACAGCUCGUCUCACUCAACAUGAAGCUGGUGAUCGUUCUCUGUCUGGCGGCUGUGGCCUGUGCCCAGUCGGACAAGGAGGCGAGGAUUGUCAACCAGCAGUAUCAGAUCAACGAGGAUGGAUCGUACGACUCCACAUACGAAACUUCCAACGGCAUUCGGGCAUCUGAAGACGGUAUCUCCUACCCUGGCAAUGAGCCGGAGACGGGCAACUACGUGAGGACGGGCAGCUACAGCUACGAGUGGGAGGGCGUCACCUACACCGUCACCUGGCAGGCCGACGAGAACGGCUUCUUCGCCGAGGGAGACCACAUCCCGAAGGCUCCUUUGGUGUAGAUUUUUACAAAAAGCAUCUCUCAUGUUUCUUUGUCCCUCUCCGUCUAAUGUGUCAUUGUCCUUCGUCCUUGUUAUGUGACGUUAUCAGUCCCAUCGACAUCACUUCAUCUUGUUUGUCAAUGUUUUGUGUUCACAAUCUGUUACAUGUUCUGUGUUCACCUCCAAUAAAUACUUCCCUGAAAAACA